AUGGAUUUUGAUAAAUCUCCCAACAUUUUACUUGUUGGAGCAGGUGGAAUUGGAUGUGAAAUCAUCAAAUCCCUUGCUAUUGAUGGAGUUUAUCGUAUUACUGUUGUAGAUUUCGAUACAAUCUCGUUAUCAAAUUUAUCUCGCCAAUUCUUCUAUAGCGAAGAUGAUAUUGGCAAAGAAAAAUCUAUCAGACUUGCAGAAAAUGCAAUGAAAAGAUAUCCAAAUUUACAAAUUACUGGAAUUUCAGGAAAUGUUCUUGAUUCCAGUUUUGAUCCUGAUUUUAUUGACCAGUUUGACUUUGUUUUCUGCGGUGUUGACAAUAUUGAUGCAAGAAUGCGUAUCAGUCAGCUUUGUGUCAUUACUCAAACUCCUUUUAUUGAUUGUGCGUCAUCAGGAAAGCAUGCUCAAUCAGUACCUACUAUACCAUUCAAAUCUGCAUGCUAUGUUUGCAGCCCUGUUGCUGCUCCUUCCGGUCCAAAAGUUACCUGUACAAUCAGAUCUACUCCUCAAACAAUAGAGCAUUGUUCAGCCUGGUCAUUCCACCUCUUCAACGCCGUAUUUAGUGGUCAAGGCUCGAAUGAUGUCAUUUCUGUUGACAAUCUCGAACCACAAGCUUUAUAUGAUAAUGUAUUUGUCAAAAGAAUCGAAGAACUACGCUCGAAAACAGAGAUAUGGAAACAUAGAGUACCUCCUGAUCCAUAUCCCGCCAAAGUUACUCCAAACCAUGAACCAAUUACUCGACCAUGUGAUAAAUGGACACUUGAAGAGUCAUGUGGUGUUUUUGCAGACGUUGUUUCACGUUUGUCACCACCUUUGGUAUUCGAUAAGGACGAUGAUGAUCAUUUAGCAUUCGCAACCGCAGCAACUAAUUUACAAAGUCAUUGUUUCCAUAUAAACAAAGCUGUUUCUAUGUUUGAAAACAAAGGAUUAGUUGCUGUUGUUGUUCCUGCUUUAGCCACAACUAACUCGAUUAUAUCAGGUAUCGCAGUUCAACAGAUGAAACAGAUGUUUACGGAAAACAAAUUAAAUGUCAAAUCUGUUUGGAUGUCUAAUUCAUUAAACGGUCCAAAACUUACUCCUGUUAAAUUGGAGCCUCCUUCAAAGACAUGUUCUAUUUGCGGAUAUGAAGUGUGGCAUGUACAAUGCGAUUACACUAAAACAAUGAUUUCUGAAGUUGCAAAAUCAACAGGAAUUAAUUCUCCUUCGAUCUUGCUUGGAAAUAACAUUAUUUAUGAUUGCGAAGACACUGAUGAUAAGAAGAUUAGCGAACUUGAAGGUAUAGGAAACUCUGUUAUAUUAGUUGCAAAUGAUAUUGAUGAUCCUGAAGUCAGAAAACACAUUUUGUUGAGAAAUAGAAAUGUUGAUUUCAAUGCUGAAAAAGUUCAUGAUCAAUUGUAUGUCAAACCAGAAAGUGACAAUGAAUGUGACUAUUCUGACAUCGAAAUUAUUGGAUAA